AUGCCUAGCCGUAUACUGGAUUAUCAUCACGACGACGAGGACUCCUUGUCUUCGUCUUCUUCUUCUACUACUGCUGCUGCUUCUUCAUCUCCGGCUGUCAAGGACAACAUCCCGCUCUCGGAAUGGGAACCACUCCAACAUCCAUGUGUGGACGAGGUAUCCCACGAAGUCGACCAAUACUUUCUCCGACACUGGAAUUUUCCCGGUGAGAAGGCCCGAAAGAACUUUUUGGCCGCCGACUUCUCAGGCGUGACGUGUCUGUACUUUCCACUGGCGAGAAACGAUCGGAUUCACGCGGCCUGCCGUCUGCUCACGAUACUCUUCUUGAUCGAUGAUGAGUUAGAAGAAAUGUCUCUCGAGGACGGUGAGGCAUAUAAUGCACGUCUGAUGCCCAUUGCCCGCGGUCACAUGUUGCCUAAUCGCAACGAUCCCGCAGAGUGGAUAUUUUACGACCUGUGGGAAGAUAUGCGAGCUUGCGAUCCAGAUCUCGCCGAUGAAGUGCUAGAACCCACAUUCACCUUCAUGAGAGCUCAGACCGAUAGCAUUCGACUCCGAAUGUCUGAGCUGGGGCGGUACCUGGAGUAUAGAGAGAAGGAUGUCGGUAAAGCGCUACUGUCUGCUCUGAUGCGGUUCGUGAUGGGUUUGCACCUCCUCCCAUCCGAGUCAAUAGCGAUGGAGUCCCUAGAGCAAAAUUGCGCCAAGCACAUUUCCAUCGUUAACGACAUUUACAGCUGGGAGAAGGAGCUCAAAGCUUCCAAGACGGGCCAUGUAGAAGGGUCAUCGCUGUGUUCAGGCGUCCUCGUUCUCGCAGAGUGCUCUGGACUGAAUAUUGCUGCCGCGAAAAGGGUGUUGUGGGCUAUGACAAGAGAGUGGGAAAUGAUACACGAUCAAAUGGUUGCUCACCAAAUGGCGAAUGGCUGCAGCGAGGCGGUCGCUUUAUAUAUGAAGGGGAUCGAGUAUCAGAUGAGUGGCAACGAGCUCUGGAGCAAGACUACUCUUCGGUACAAGGUCUAG